AUGACAGCGGCCGUACCUGUCUUUUUUUUCUCUUUUUUCUUACGGUGGGAUCGGUCCGUGCUCGCAUCUGUGCACGCACGACUCGACAUCAGCAUCAGCUUCGUAUGCAGGGAGGCCCGAUGGAAAAAUCGUUGGGCAUCGUGGCCCUAA